GCUUCAACUUCCAGUCCACCACUCCAUGUAAGAACAACACAGAGAACAUCCUAACCCUCAACAAAUAAGAUAAUGCAUUGUUCGUUUCAUUAGCCUAUUUUUGUCAGUUGAUACUUUUCGUUUAAUUUUGUGGCUCUCAUAUGUUCGAAGGGUUGUGCAGAGUUGGAUACCACUGAUUUCCCCCGGAUUUUGUGUGAAUUGCAGCGGAGUACGUUACCUAUCCCAUUCAGGUAGUGGUGACGGUGGUUCCGUUCUCCCCCGCAGAGUACCAAGCUCAGUUUGCAUCUGUCAAGGCCAGACGCCAGAGCCAGCUCCCCGACCAUGAGGCUGUUAGUGAUCUGUGCAUCGCUCCUCUCCCUGACCACACAGUCAGACGCAAUGCCGCAAGCAGGUGUUGCUGACCAGAAGUGCAAGGCCGGGCCGGUGGACCUGGUGUUCAUUAUCGACAGCUCGAGGAGCGUCCGGCCCCACGAGUUCGAGACCAUGCGCAAGUUCAUGAUCAACAUCAUCCAGACGCUGGACGUGGGGGCCGACGCCACGCGGGUGGGCGUGGUGCAGUACUCCAGCCAGGUCCAGAACGUCUUCUCCCUCAAGGCCUUCUCCAAGAUGGCGGACAUGGUGAAGGGCAUCAACGAGAUCAUCCCGCUGGCGCAGGGCACCAUGACGGGCCUGGCCAUCAAGUACGCCAUGAACGUGGCCUUCUCCCCCGAGGAGGGGGCGCGGGCGCGCGUGCCCGACGUGGCCGUGAUCGUGACGGACGGCCGGCCGCAGGACCGCGUGGCGGAGGUGGCCGCCGCCGCCCGGGAGAAGGGGAUCGAGAUCUACGCCGUGGGCGUGGCCCGGGCCGACAUGGGCUCCCUGCGCGCCAUGGCGUCCCCGCCCCACGAGGACCACGUCUUCCUGGUCGAGUCGUUCGACCUCAUCCACCAAUUCGGGCUGCAGUUCCAGGACAAGCUCUGUGGGAUGGACCUGUGUCUGGAGUCUGACCACGGCUGUGAGCACAUCUGUGAGAGCUCUCCUGGCUCCUUCCACUGUGAAUGCCUCCCAGGGUACCGGCUCAACGAUGAUGGCAAAACCUGCGCAGUGAUUGACCUGUGUGCAGAGGGGAAACAUGACUGUGAGCAAAUCUGUAUCAGCUCCCCCGGCUCCUACACAUGCGACUGCAACGAGGGGUACACUCUCAACGAGGACAAGAAGACCUGCACAGUGAUUGACCUGUGUGCAGAGGGGAAACAUGACUGUGAGCAGAUCUGUAUCAGCUCCCCCGGCUCCUUCACAUGCAACUGCAACGCCGGGUACUCGCUCAACAUGGACAAGAAGACCUGCACAAUGAUCAACUACUGUUCGUUCGGGAAUCACAGCUGCCAGCACGAGUGCGUCGGCGUGCUGAACGGCUAUUUCUGCCGCUGCAAUGAGGGACACGCGCUCCAGGAGGACGGGAAAACCUGCCAGCCGAUCAACCUGUGUAACACAGUGGAGCACGGCUGUGACCACCAGUGUGUCAGCACCCCCGGGUCCUACUACUGCAUCUGUCCUGAAGGCCAGCUUCUGCAGGAGGACGGCAAGACCUGUGGCACCUGCAGGUCUGCCAACAUCGACCUGGUGCUGCUGAUCGACGGGUCCAAGAGCGUCCGGCCUCAGAACUUCGAGCUGGUGAAGCAGUUCGUGAACCAGGUGGUGGACUCCCUGGACGUGUCCGCCCACGGCACCCGGGUGGGCCUGGUCCAGUACUCCAGCCGCGUGCGGACCGAGUUCCCGCUCAGCCGGUACCAGAGCGCCGAGGACAUCAAGAGCGCCGUGCUGAAGGUGGAGUACAUGGAGAAGGGCACCAUGACCGGCCUGGCCCUCAAGCACAUGGUGGAGAACAGCUUCUCCGAGGCCGAGGGCGCCCGCCCCGCCAAGAGGAACAUCCCCCGGGUCGGGCUGGUGUUCACCGACGGCCGCUCUCAGGAUGACAUCACGGAGUGGGCGAAGAAAGCCAAGGAUGCAGGUAUCACAAUGUACGCAGUGGGAGUCGGGAAGGCCGUGGAGGAUGAGCUGCGGGUGAUUGCAUCAGAGCCGGAGGACAAGCACUUCUUCUACACCACCGACUUCACCGCCAUCAACCAGAUCGCUGAGAACCUGAAGCUCAACAUAUGUGCAGAGGAGAGCCAGGGGGAGAUCGAGGUGAAGGACCCCUGCGCCUGUGAGAGCGUGGUGGAGUUCCAGCAGGCCACCAUGACAUCUUUGGAGAACCUGACGCAGAAACUGUCGGUGAUGACGGCCCGCCUGGAGGACCUGGAGAACCAGCUGCUGUCUCGGAAGUGAGGAUGUCACUGCUGGGUCUUUCAACGCGUCUCAUGCAAGAAAACAACGAAAGAGUAAUAAUAUUCUACUCCCGUAGAAUUUCUCACGUACUGUAAUUGGCCAAAAAGAACAAUUUUCAUGCGAUAAAUUAGUGCACGUAGACGUGCAGCACCAUUUACACUUGUCAGAAAUUAAUAUACAGCCAUAGGAAUUAUGCUUCCUUCUCUCAGAUUGUGCAGGCAACAUCUAAGCAAAGUCUUUAUCUCCCCAUCAGCGACUUCUAUUUCUAUCAAAGUCUGACAUAUUUGAUACAUUUUUUAUUUUUGUAUUUAUAAUGUACAAUUAUUAUAUGUAUCAGAAAGAUGAAGCGAGAGGCGUGAAUAUUUCUGCCGUAUUUUCAAAGGAACGGUAUCAACGGAAGUUAUCUGUGAAAAGAUCAGCAUUGCCCUGAUGCAGCUUGUUUACUUCUAAAUCAUUUCUGUCAGCUCGUCACUGAUUCACAUCUCUCGAGGCAUUCUGAAAUUUUACUACUUCCCCAAACUUCAUUUAAGGUUCCAUUUCAUUUCAGUGCAAUGAAUGUUUUGCUUUCAUCAACGAAGAAUGUAACUUAUUACCUGAGUAACAGCCAAAUGUGAACAAUAUUCCACUGUUAUUUAGCUCGGAGACAGUAAAUUCUCAACUUCAGCAGAUUGGAAUAAACAGGAAAUAUAUUCUUGUAUCAGACGAUUUCUGAUCUGUGCCGUUGAUCAAAUUUUUGUAAAUUUCAUGCCAUUGAUUUUUCUUGCAAAAUUGGAAUUGUGCAUAUUUGAAGUGAGUAAUGCUCUGACCCCAUGUUUGACACUCACUUUGAGGCCAAAAUAAGGAGUCAUAUCAGGAGUUUCUGCUAUCAGAAUGUGUGCACAAUGAUUCAUUUCCAAACCAAUGUAAGACCAUUUUGGUUCCACAAUCUAAAAUAUUAUCAGCAGACCACAAAUUAAUGGGCUGCAUAAACCUACCCUCACUUAAUGUUGCCCUCACAGAUGUAUAAAUCCAUAAUAAUAGUCUCUAUUUAGAUGGAGGAGGCAGGAAAGAGUUAUAGUUAUUAUAUGACCCUGAGGAGUCUGUUGGUGGUGGCUUGUUAAAUUUCUUAAAGUCUGGGGCAUUCCACGUGACUUAAUGGUAGACACAGGUGGUAUCACUCAUAGAGAAAGGCACAUUAGCACCAGAAUAAUUGGUAAAACUGAUCAAAUUUCUGGAGUAAAAAUGUUUGAAAAAUUAUAUCCUCUUUGCUAUCCUGUGUAAAGUGACAAAUUAUCUUUUAGAAGAUCUGGGUUUUUUUGUGAUUUGGAGGAUAUGCAUUUUGUAAGCUGGUGUUCAGUCUGUGUUUUUUUUUAGUGAUGGGUUGUCUAACCCUAGUAUCCAUUGAAAAUGAAGGAGCAAGAAGUAUCUCUGGGCCUUGAGUAUUAGGUAUUGAGAUCAUCUGAUGUCCUGUCAAAUGCAAACAGAUUUUUUUGUCUGUCUGGAAGGAUUAUGAAUUGGUCUAUUGUUUGAAGCCCAGCCAGCAAGGCCAUGUUUAUUGUUCAGGACUUUGUAAAAUUCAAUGCAGUUUUGUAUUUGAAGUGUGUGUUAUACAGCAUAUCUAUGCUGCUUCUACUAUGUCCCCACACUUACAAACUCUCCACCCAUUUGUGUUCCAGCUGAAGUUGCAUAUAAUGCCCUAGGACUUUGUACGCACACAAUCAAGUGCCUUUAUCAAAGAUCUUUGUUAAGUCUUUUAUAAAAUCACCAAAGUAUUGAUAAUAAAAUCUGUACCCCUAUAUUUGGUUACUGGUACUUCUGUAUAUUUUCUAAUACUCCUUUUUGUAAUAUUUGAGGACUUGCUGUAUUCUACCACAGAAUGCAAUAAACACAAUUUUCCAAAAA